UGCACUGCACUGCAGCUAGCUCAAAAUCUUGGUCAUAUUGACAUGCCCCGGAAGUGCAGUGGUUUGUAGGAGCAGCAGCAGCAGCAUGGCAGACGAUCUUGGGGACGAAUGGUGGUUGGAUACGGACAAAACUGGAGGACAAGAUAUAGAAAUAGAUGCCACUCCUGGAACCUUACAAGAACACAAGAAAACAUCAAGUCUAACAAAGGCAAAUAAAGAACUGAAUAAAAGGAAACACCCUCCAACCACAGCAGAAACAAAAAAUGGAGAAAAGUCAAAGAAAGCAAAGAAGAAACGAAAGAAGAAUAAUUUGAGCUCUCAUUUAGCAUCAAGAGGUGACCAGCCAGGAACGAAAGAUGAUUUACAAGUAUCCAUGGCAACGUACUUCCAUGAGAAAUUAUCAACCAUUGAAAUGGAAGAACUUAUUCUUGAUGACGACUGCUUCCUGCAGCUCAACAGCGACGGUGCUCCUGUAUCAGAGUACUUAUCAAGGAGAAUACCCACAUGGACGGACAUGGUUGAUGAACAUAAGAAGGAGAAGACACCAAACCAUUCUUGUAUCGUCCUGCUUCUCACCUCUAGUGCUAAAAGGGCAGUAGAUCUGAAUAGAGAUACGCAAGCCUUCAAGGGGACUUGUGUCACGGCGAAGCUCUUUGCCAAACAUUUACGAAUCAGUGAGCAAGUGAAAUACCUUGAGAGUCACAGAGUCCAGUUUGCCGUGGCAACGCCUCAUAGAGUCUCCAGUCUUCUUGAAUCGGGAUCAUUUAAUGUCGAUGAUAUGAAAUAUGUCAUCCUGGAUUGGAACUGGCGGGAUGCUAAGCUCAGGAGGUUUGUGGAUAUCCCGGAAUUGAGGAAAGACCUCUUUGAUUUGUUGAGAAAACAUUUAGUACCGGCAGCCAACAAGGGACAACUCCGCUUUGGAUUGUUUUAAAGGGGCACUCUUGGAAAGCAUUCAAUCACCUCUUUUUGUCAGACUAGUAGUCAGAUUUGACAACCUACUAUUAUCUUUGAUUGGCUGAGUGCACUCUUUGAUAGCUGUCAGAAAAAAAAAAUCUGACAAGUCCUUUCUUGAAACGUUCAACACGACCUUAUGGCAUGCGCUGUAAUCCAAGCUAUAUGUUGAUGUAGAGGUUUGAGGUUCAAGCCUAAGUCACUACUUCGUUUGUUGACAUUUAAGACUGGUCCCAGACGUAAAUACACAGGGAGAUGCAGAUGAUGCUGCUUUCAAGGCCGAAGAAAGAAGAGGAAUAUUCCUCCAAGACGUAGAUAAUAAUAUCUGAUUACGUCUGUCAAGUUACAAUAUACACAUGGUAUAGGUGAAUUGAUCACCGUGCUGCAUCUUCGAGUCUUUAUCAGGUUGUUGAGGAAGGAUAUGAAUUUACAUCAUUUAAGAAGAAAGUCUACUGCUAGGUAUUACUCCCCGGAUGCCUAGAGAUACAAAAUAUGGCAUGAAACAGGUAAUGUUUUUAUGUUCAAAAUAUAUGGAAAUAUGGUUUUAACUCUUAUUUGCUAAAAAAAUCAGACAAACUUCUCACAAAAGUCGCAUGAAAUUAUGGUAACCCUAAUAGUCCCAAGGGAUGGGGAGGGGAGGGGGGGGGAUCAUGCGCCUAUUGAUGUUUUGCGCUAUUAGUUUAUAAUGUAGAAAACUUAUUUCAUGAAUUUUCCUGGCUUUUACAGCCAAAUUCUAAAAUCAUGCAUAAAUUAGCAUUAUAAUCAAUUCAUGUAAAUGUAAAGAUAAGAUGUAUUAGUGAAAUUUAGCUAUGCAACUUGUAGAUUAAGCCAUUACCUUCCAUCAUGCAAUAUAUUUCUAUGACCAUGCAAUUCUUGGGCAAGAUCGGGGGGGGGGGGG